UUCCUGGCAACCAGCCGUACAAUAACAUUCAUUCCAAGCAUAGCAAGAUCACAGCACAGCGUCUUCGCAAAAUCUGUUUUAAUUCACUCAAAAUUUACAAGAAAUUGUUUAUAAAUUGGCAUAAGUAUGGCUCACUACAAGGGAGCAGCCUCAGACGCAGGCCGAGCCAUGCAGCUGAUGAAGAAACGCGAACAACAACUUCAAGACAUUGAAAUACGUAAGAAGAAGAUUGAAGAUGAGCUUAAACUCAAUAGAAUUGAAAAUAAAUUCGCUACACAUUACGAUGCAGUCGAACAACAACUUAAGAGUUCGACAAUUGGUCUGGUCACCCUCAAUGAAAUGAAAGCAAAACAAGAAAAUAUUGUAAAAGAACGUGAGAAGAAACUUGCUCAGAAACAAGCGGAAAAAGAGCGUGAGCGACAACGAGAAAUCGAAGCAAAACAAGCAGAAAAAUCUAAACAAAAGCGCCAAAUUCAAAGUUUAUCCUUUAACGUAAAUGAUGACGAAGAGGCCGAUGAUGCUGAGAAACCCGACGAUGACGAUGAAGAAGAGGAAGAAGAAACCUUUGACUCUUGGAAACGUUCAGCUAAAAACUUCAAACCAUCCAAAAAGAUCAAGAAAGAUCCAACUGUAGACACCAGUUUCCUACCGGAUCGUGAACGCGAAGAGGAAGAACAUCGCUUACGUGAAGAACUCCGGCAAGAAUGGGUGGAACAACAGCAGAAACUCAAAGAAGAAGAAAUCGAUAUCACGUUCAGUUAUUGGGACGGCUCGGGGCAUCGACGCACCGUGCGCGUGAAGAAGGGAAAUUCCGUCUAUCAAUUUCUACAGAAAGUAUUGGAACUUCUACGGAAAGAAUUCUCUGAAUUGAAAACCGUCAUGGCCGACCAGUUGAUGUACGUCAAAGAGGAUCUAAUCGUGCCACACCAUUACACAUUUUAUGAUUUUAUUGUAACGAAAGCUAGAGGCAAGUCAGGACCAUUGUUUCAAUUCGAUGUACAUGAUGAUAUCAGACUUGUGAGCGAUGCCACUGUUGAGAAAGAAGAAUCUCACGCGGGGAAAGUCCUGAUGAGGAGUUGGUAUGAGCGGAAUAAGCAUAUUUUUCCCGCUAGUAGAUGGGAACCUUAUGAUCCCACCAAAACCUAUGAUAAGUAUACUGUUAGCGAUAAAACUAAUAAAAAUGCGUAGUUGAAUUAAUAAACCAUAAUUUAGUAA